CUCCCUCUCUCUCAUUUUACUCACAGAGCUGCAGUGAAGUAGACAUCCAGGCAGCAGCCAGAUACCAGGAUUCUCAGGACUCACACAGCUUUGAGAGGAGGUUGUUAGUAAGCCUGGACUGAAACCUGAGCUGGACUUGAGAGUGGAUCUAUCAUGACUGCGAGGAUCCAGGCAGCGACUGGCCGAGACAAACCAGCACCAAAGAGCCGAGCAACAGAGGUGAUGGCGAGGGUCAGGGGAGCGCUGUGGCUGGUACUGGGCAUGCUCACUCUGUCCCUGCUGCUGGUGGUGCUGGGAGUCUACGCGACGACCCGCACAGAGAGCCUGAAUGUGACUGGCUACACCUCUGGAGUUAUUCUGACCCUUGGAUCAUUCCUGGGACUUCUGGGACUCCGCCUGGAAGAAAACCGCAAACAGCUGCUGAUGGCUGCGAUCGUGUUUCUCAGCUUCGGGGUCAUCACCUCUUUUCUGUGCCUGGUGAUCGAUGGCGUGUGUAUUGUCUUAAACAUGGACAUGCGUCCACUGAAAGCAGACAGAUGCCAGUACUACAGCAGCGGCGGCAGCUACGUCUAUGAGAACUUCUACACCACCGUGUCGUGUUGGAGUCCAAAGGAGUCUUGUAACAUGACGGUACGAAUUGGGACCUGUUACUGCUGCGACCUGUACGACUGCGCUAAUGGCGACUACCUCAGCAACUACUACGAGUUUGUUGGAGUACGAAGCUGUGAGGAAGUUUUCACUCUGUACAUUUUAAUUUGGACCCUCGCCGGCCUGAACCUCGUGGCCUUCUUCACAGGCAUCCUCACUACAGCGGUGCUGGGCAGCAUCAAGGACCUGAGGAGUAGCAGCCCUGGGACUGAGCCCUCUGAGAGCACAGCGACAGCUCCUCUGCUGAUGGACGCCAACACACGCACAGUUCACCAGCUCCACCCAGGGGCCUCCAUGUAUUUCCCUCCAGCUGAAGGAACAGCUGCCUCGCAGAGUUUUCCUUCAUCAUCAUCUCCUCCUUACAACCCUCCUCCCUUCGCCCCGCUGACCAGCCAGAUGCCUUACAGGGUCCACGGCAACUCUGCAUGAUCGAGCACCUGCAUUUCGAAAUCAAAUGCAGAAAGAAGAGAAAGGGAUAAACAGAUGUUUUAUUAUUCUUGUUGAUGUUGUUGUGAGGACAACAGGAACAACUAAAAGAAAGAUAUGUUGGUCUGAAUACUAUGCAGAAAUGCAGAUUUUGUUUUCUACAAAUUCAAAGGCUGACGUUUCAAUUGUAUGCAAAGAUUAUAACAUAUUUUACUGGAGUUUGCUCUAAAACAUAAAUGUCUUAAGUUGUAAAGUGUGUGUUCAUGAAAUGUUAUGUAAUAUAAAUGUGUUGACAGCAUGUGCAUAAGAGGUUGUAUAGGCUUACGUUCAGUUACGUAGUCAUUUUAAGCCAAACCAUGAUGCUUUUUUUACUAAACUUAACCCAUUACCCUAAUGAAGUAGUGUUGUUGCGCUUUUUGUUUUGUUUUGUUUCAAGUUACAACGUUUAAAACUGUGACCGUAGUCCGGGAGAAAAUAAGUUUCCCUCGUGUGUGUGUUGAAGUUUGAUUCACGCCCUAUAAGGCCUCUCAAACGUGUGAUACAUACAUGUAAUAUUUACUAACUGUUACCAUGUUUUGCUUCACAAAUGUUCUUCAUGUUGAGCUUUUCAUAAUGUGUCUGGUUAAAGUGCAACAUUAAUUCACUGUUAUCAUCUUAAUAACAGUAUUAGUCUGCUGACUUGAUGACUGACUGUUGCCACCAAACUGAUAUGAGGACAGUGGAACUUAAAUUGGAUCUUAGUGAUGUACACGUUAAAGU